GCGCACUUCGGGCUCCGCCUCUCGGCGGACGAGUUCAUGAUGCGCUGCAGCGUGUGCAACGGCCGCGGCUACGUCAAGCUGAGCAAGGCGGAGGUGGCCGGCCGCGACGACUGCCCGCCAAAGGUGCUCGAGGCGAUCGACGAGUUCUACGCGUGCCGCUCGUGCGGCAAGCUCUACUGGGAGGGACCAAAGUCAAACAACGCCUUCGAGCACUUUACGAGCGUCUUCGACGGCUUCGGCCCCAGCACGGGGUCGGGACUGUGACCUCCUUGGUCGACGGGCGUUGGUUUUCACACUGAGGUAAGGUAAAAAAAAACUGUUCAGUUUUC